GGUCACACUGCAUUGCCCGCUUUGACUUGUAGCCCAAAGUUUCGACACCAAAAUGUGUUUAACUUGAAUGUUCUUUUUGGCAAAACCAAGGCGAAGGAGUAGAUCUGCAAUAUGAAUCCACUUUUAAAUGAAAUACAGCGCAUUAUCAGUGAAAUGCGCUGUGAUAAACCAACCACGCGCAACAAAGCUAUUGAACAAUUGGACCAAAAGCUUAACAGCUCAAAGGAGGCCCUUAACGGUGUUCUAAACAAAAAACAGGAUUUAUGUUGGCAAGCUGUCUUUGACGUCACCAAGGAGGCCAUUUUUAAACAUGCAGCCAACUUGCAAGAUGCCAAUGAGAAGUCAUAUAAAACGCUUUCAGAUAAGUGCUAUUUAUAUGGAAAUGCCAUAGAUAAGCUCAUUGAAUACAACUUGGAGAUGGGCAAAUGCGGCAAUGGUCACUUCUUGUCCAAGUCAACCAUAUUCAAUGCCUUCGAAGAAGGCAUCAAGCAGCGCAUUGUUGUGCGACAUUUUGGCAGUCAUUUCAUCAAUUUGCUGGACAGAGGCAUCUUUCUGUCGAACCACUAUAUAGCACAAUUGAAAGUUAGCGAAUAUAGUCGCAUACUCUCCUAUCUGUUCGAGCUGAAUCUGAAUAAUGAUGAUAUACUGCGCUCCAAGAUAUUGAAGUGUAUAACAAAGACGUUGCAGCUAGCACAGAAACGCGUACAGCUGCAUGCCGAUCUAGUCGACUAUUUACCCAUGUUAACCAAUUUCGCUCAAACGGCAAACAAUGCAGAAAGAAAACAAGAAAUUGUGCGUCUCUAUGAGAUAUUUGUUAGCGAGCUGUCGGUCAACUAUCAUCAUAGGCUAUGCAUCCAUAUGCAGGAGAUAUUGCCAAGGCUUUGUGACUUCCACAACGACGACAUCUUUCGCGACGAUACAAAAAUUAUAUUCUUUGAUUCUAUCAGAUUAUCACUGCAAACGAUAUAUCCAAAGCUGAAAAAUCAUGAUUUUAGCACCUUUCGUGUGCCGAUUGACAAGGAUUGGCAGCAAACUAUGUUGAAAUUGCGCACAAUUGUUAAUAUGGAAAUCAGAAAGAAUUUCAUAGGCCGAAGCAAAGCAUCAUCUGUUCUAAAUACAGACAAGUUCUCGGAUAAGUUCAUUAAAAUGGCAGCAAUUGUUGUUUAUAUUGUUCAAUGGCAUGUGGAACUGCAAAGUGCUGCGAGCGGAGAUCAGGAGACGCCUAGCAAACGUCCACGACACGAUAAGCUUGAGAAUGUCAUCAAUCUAAUUGACAAACAGGAAACGAGCUUCAAUGCCAUAUGGUUUGCCAUCUAUGCUGAGCUGCUGCAGUUUGAUGUCAUAAUAAACGCAGCCAAUUAUCAGCUAGCGUUGUUAACCACGCUCGAUGUCCUUCUCAUCUACGGAAAUGGCAAAAAUUUGCAUAAUGUGCGCAUCUGUCUAACGAGUCUGCUGCAGAAGGAGCUUCAGCUACUGGAAACGCAAUCGAUUCCAGUUGACUUUAUGGCCGAGAAAUGGACACAAAUUGCCACUCAUUUGAUAUCAGAGACACGACCCGCUGCCGAUGAGAUUGUAGAGAAACAAAUCAUACUACAGUCGCUCAUCAGGCACAACAAACUGAACCAGACGCUGUGCAACGCACUGUUGCAGAGCAUCACAACGAAUGAGAUGCUGCGGCGCAAUGAAUGCAUCGAAACCUUGCGCCAUAUCUUUAUAUAUGCCGAGCAAUGCGGCUUGGACAAAACCUCUGGCAGUCUGGAGCCCAUUAUCAAGUGGGCCUAUGCCAUAGACAAGAGCAAUGCGACGCAAAUGAUUCACAAUAUAGCGGCAAUUGAGCCCAAACUGUUGGCAGACACCUUUGCCAUUGGCAUCAUUAAUUUUCUCGAUGAACAGCAAUUGCAACAACUGUCGAACACUCAUGCUAACAGCCCAACUACCACAGCCACUGACCAUCUGCAACUGCUGUUGUACAAGUACAAUAAGCAAUUGAUCUGCUUGGAUGAGAAAUUUCAAUCGCAACUGCUGCAAUCGGGCGGCAUGCCUGCUCCAAUGAGAUCGGCCGCAAAGAACUGUCUGUUUCAGAGAAACUAUGAGCUGCUCAUGCGCAUGCUUAACAUAACGACAGCCAGCGAGCACUCAAUCUCAUCUAUAUUGAGAGACCUGAAGUGUUUGCACAAAUUGGCCUGCACCAUGGAACGAUUGCUGCACUACAAAGUGUUCGAUGAUGAGAAUUUGGUCAACUGUCCGCUCAUCAAGCGUAUCGGCCUGUUCCUUAGCCACGUUGAGUUUCAAUACAAGGCGCUUCAGCCGGAGUUGCGUACCAUGGACGUGAGCGAUCUACGUGAUAUUCUGCAGCAACAGAUCGGCAUUCUGGAUGUGUUCAAUUCGAAUGACAUACUCCUGCAGUAUAUGGAGAAGCAGCCAAUUGAAAUGCUGCUCGAAUUCACAGGCGUGCUCCUUCAUCAAAUAUGCGCACCCAAGAAUACAGUGGAUAGCCCAGAGCAGUCAGCAUUGAUGACCAGUUGCCUACACAUACUGGGCAGCCUGUGUGCCAACAGUUCCUAUAGCGCAGAGGCGUUUCGUCAUAUAGUCAGGAAUCUUAAGCUACGCUCCACGCCCCAGGACAUGCUGCUGGUUGUUAAGUUGCUCUGCAAGUGCAAAAGCCUAUCGCCGGAGUGCAUUGCUUGGCUAGUCGAGAGGCUGAAGGAGAUUUUUCAGAAUCACUUCACCAAUGUUGAGUUCAUAAGCAAGAUCGUUGAUGAAAUACCCACUGUCGUUUACUUUGCGUGCGAUAAUGAGAACGAUCUGGACGAUAUGAUGUCGGCGAUAAUAUCACUAAUGCGGAUAGCAUUGAAGAAAGCGUAUCCUGCAACGUUAUCGGUCAAAAUUGUACUCUCUAUCGGGCUGAUAGCGCAACGCUGUCCCAACAUUUACGAUUUGAUCAAUUUUCAUGUUAUUUGCUUCUCGGUGGCAAAGUUCUUAACAAUGCCAACGAUUGAAGUACGUUUGGCCACAAUUGCGACGCUGACGCAGCUGCUCAAUACAAAGUAUUGUGUGUCCGUUAAGGAUGGCGACACAGUCAACAAGUGGGCCAGCCAUUUGGCAUUUAGCGAAGAGCUCUACGCAAACAUUGACUGGAAGAAGCUGACUUUCAUCAGCGAGGAUCUGGAGCAGAAUAGUCAUGCGGUGACAAUUCAAACGCUAAUUGCUUUCUUUGCCUUUAGUACGUACCACCAGGAUGUUGCCUUGCAGGAUCUAUUACCCUAUUGCGCACAACAUAAAUUGAAUGAAUUUGAUUUCUGUGCUUUGCAGUGCCACGUGCCGUGUUACAAUCAGAACAUGCGUCAGCUGCUGUUGCCCUAUGCGGAUGGCCUAAUACACAAAUGGAUAUCCCAACGCUGGGCCGUUUCCAAAUUUCCAUAUUUCCUUUGCUACGACACCAAAGAGGAGUUUAUUAAGAAGCAUGCCAGUAGCAUUUUGGCUUUUACGUUUAUUUACGGCAAGCCCGAUGAUAUACAGCGCUAUAGCAAGUUCGUAAAUGCAGAGGACGCCAUGCCCAUACUGAAAGCCUUUUUGGCAGUCGAAUUAAGCGGUUCAGAUGAAUCGCAAAGCGUUGAGUUUCGUCAAAAUUACGAGAAUCUAAAACAGAAUCUGGAUCAUUUCAAAUUGAAACCGAUGGAUGAGCAACUCAAUACACUCACACUCUACAGAACUAUCAGACUGCUUUUGGAUAAAGAAGAACUGGAUAGACUGUUUGGUGGCACAGUCUCAAGCCUUAGCCAGCCGCAGUGGUUUAAUCUCUCUGCCGCAUCGGUCUUCAGUUCAAUGUCCAAAUUUAUGAAUGGUAAAAUAUGGUCCACGGACUUGCGCAUACAAAGCAUUUCGACGCUGAUGUUUGAAGAGCCGCUGAUGCUGGUCAAAUUGCUGAACAUAUUGAAAGGCGAUUGCUAUCGAGCCGUGCUGCCCAGUCAUGUGCUGCAUUGCUUCUUUCGGUACUGCACCAUUGCUGAUGCCAUUUUGGAUGCGGCCAAGAAAUUGGAAUCCACACGCAAUUCGGAUGCAAAAUUGAUUGAAGUGCAUUGUGGCUACUUUGUGCGUGACGUUUGGUUCUUUGUCUGCCGCUUUCUGUUGCACAGCAAAUGUGGGCAACUGCAUCGAUCUGCUCUUGAGUAUGUGGAAGUGAUGCUGGAAAAGGGCAGCUUCCUGACUCAGCAAGUAACCGCACAUAUGGAUCAGCUGGCCAAGCUAUUGAUUGCCUGUGUCAAGCAUGUUGAGACAAAGGAACUGAAGAUGAUGGCAACUCAAAAGCUCGUUGCCUACAUCAAUAUGUACAAGGCGAAGCUGCAAGUGCAGGCGCUGCUCGAUGAAAGCGGCGACGACUGUGAAUAUUUGCAAACAUUGCGGAAUCUAUUUGAAACAACAUUGCCAAAGAUCAGCAAGCAGAGCGUCGUCGACUAUAUACACGCCUUUCUCAAGCCCAAUCGUUUGGAACGUUUGCAUGGUCUGCGCGAAUACAUUGCUGAGCACAAGGAGGAGCUGCAGAACCAUGAACAGCUGCUGUUCGAGCUAGUCAGUCGACUCAUACGCAUGGUGCGCGAAUCGCCAAAGCACGAUCACAAUCUGGAUGCUGUCAAAUGUCUAGCUCAGAUCGGACCAAUCAAAAUGAAACAUAUUUCGUAUUUCUUUCAAACUGACUUCGAGUCCAUACAGCAGUCGCCAGUGCAGCCAAUGGAACAGUUCAUUGACGUCAUCAUGGAGACGCUGGAGCGGAAUCUAUUCGACUUCAAUGUAAACACACACGAGGCCUUCUUCCAAGUGGUCGGGGAAGUGGUUAACAGCAAGAGCGCAGCCCCUCUAAUUGGUCAAUAUCCGCAUUUGCGCAUCUUCUGUGUUGGUUUAAAUAAAAUGAGUUUCCUGAAUUCGAUCAACAGCAUUCCAUCAAUUGAUUGGCUCGACGUGCUCAAGGCCACGGAGCAUUUGGACUAUGAGCCCUGGCUGUGCAAGUUUAUGGGCUCUUUGUUUAAGGCCUGCAAUUGGCAAGGAUUCGAUGCAUUUGCUUGCCAGUCCGUUGAGUUUGCCAGCGGCUGUCUGCAAGCAUUCAUCAAGCUCGUGCUGGGCAAUAAAGAGCUGCAUUUAAAUGGCAUAUGCAACAUGCUGGAACACUUCUUUGAGUGCUCAGCAAAUGGCUCUACGGAUAUCUAUCAGGAUAAGAGAGUGAUCAAACGAUUCCUAUACAUAUGCGAAUGCGUACGCGUGGUCAACAGUUGGAGCAUACCCAUUAAUUUGGGCAAUGUGGUCAAGGCGAGCAAUCAUUGUCAGGCCUAUUUCUUGAGUAUUUUGUAUCUGGAGCUGUGGGCCUGUGCGUCCAAGACAAACGCAAAUAUUCUCGCCGAUGAAAACUUUCAAAUGUCCGCCAAGACGGCAUACAAGUCGAUUGGGUGUCUCGAUGCCAUACCUGGUUUUCUGAAUCCUUUACGCUCACGCGUCGAUUUCCUGAGCUUGAACGAUAAUCUGUCGGGGAUUUUGCUGGAAUCGGAUAAUCUAGAUGCGCCGAAUAGCGAGAUGUGCAUGGACAUUAUGAAGAGCAACGGCAUGCUGUCGUUUGCCAAUGUCUAUCAGAGGUUUUGCCAAAACAUGACUGUGGACUACGACGCACUGUGGCGUCUGGGCCAGUGGGAUGAGCUAAUCGAGCGGCAUCACAAGGUGAAUUGGUCGAACAAUCUCGAACAGGAGUUCAACAAACAUCACUAUAUCGCACUGAAGAGCAUUAGCAAGCGGGAGCAGGAGAACACUUCGUCGGCUAUCAACAAUGCCUACCAGUGUGUCCAGGAAAUACUGCGCGACAUUAGCGUCGAGUGUCUGCAGACGGUCUACAAAUACAUGACCUGGCUCUGCACACUGCAGCAGACCGAGGACUUUUAUCAGAUUCAAUUUAGCCAGCAAUUGGCCGCCACACAGAUCAACGAAAUAUUCGACAAAUGGCAGACGGAACUAGAUCUGACCUACGGCAGCUUUAGCUGCAAGGAGCAAAUACUCUCCCAUCAAAUUGCGCUAUUCAAAAUAUCGGGUACUAGGGCCAGUCGUCGCAUUCAACAGUAUUACGAUCAGAGUCCCGUGGACACCUAUUUGCUCAAGUGCAUUGGCGAAUGCAAGGCAGCUGGCAAAUUGAAUUUGGCAUCGAAAUAUAUAUCCACGCUACGCGGCAUGCCCGACAUCAAGGCGCCCACAAAGAUCUCCGUGCUGCUGGAGGAUGCGGAUGCGAAUGUUCAGCGUGGCAAUUAUCAAAUAGCCAAGGCCAUAUUGCAGCAUGUGAACAAGAAUACAGACUUUCAGUUUUGCCUGCAGCGCGUGCCGGCGCUGCGAAUGCAAGGCGAAUUUCUGCUGAAUUGCAAUGCCGAGAGCUUGAGCUAUACAUUGGAGCAUAAAUUCAAUCAAUCGCUCAAGCUGCUCGACCACUUCAAAUCGCAUCAGACGGUGCUUAUGGAGAAAUAUCCCGAUAUAUUCGCGUGGGAUACAUUUCAACAGUUCGAGAAUCAGAAUCGCAAGGCCGCUCACGAGGCUAUCGCCAAGUAUGCAGAUCGUGAGUAUCAGCGCCUGCACGACUAUCGCCAGUCGCAGGAAUAUCAGACGCUCGUCGAUAUCAUCAAGCAGAAUCGUCAAUUGGCCGAAACAGUUAUUGGCGGCGAGCGAACCGAUCGUGAUCGCCAAAUUGGCGCCAUCAACUUGAAUCGAUUUGCCAAGCUGGACGAACAGGAGCUGCGGCGCAUCGAAGAUAAUCUCACGGAGCAUUUGUGCACGGCUAUCUCGCAUUAUAUUAUCUAUUGCCAGCUGGAUAGUGGGUUCUCUAGCGCCGCAAUUUAUCGGAUUAUAGCACUCUGGUUCACCAAUGACCAAAACCAAACGAUGCUGGACAAGAUCAAGGAGCCCAUCAAGACGGUGCCCAGCUACAAGUUCAUUUGUGCCGUCAGCCAGCUGGCCGGACGUCUCAAUUCCAAAAACGAGAAUUUUCACCAGGUGCUUGUCGAUUUGCUGGUGCGCUGCGGCACAGAUCAUCCGCAGCAGACAUUCUACAAGCUCUAUCCAUUGGUCUAUGCCCACAUGGAUGGAAACCACAGCAAUACACAGCGCGCAGAUAUUGCCAAGAAGAUAAUAAGUCAAUGCGGCGAUGCCAACGCAACGGCACUUCAAGCUAGCCAACAAUUCGAAAUCAUGUUUCCAACUCUGAUUACAUUUGCCAACACGUACAUUUCGCUUGGCCCAAAUAAUCGCCCCAAUCCGAAAGUGGUGCCCGAGAAGCUGAAAAAGCUUGGCGCACUUAAAAUAGAUCGCAUACACUGUCCCACAUUGGAGCUGGCCGUGCAGCCGCAUCGGAAGUAUAAAAUAAUCAGUGUAGUAAAAUGGUCGGAGGAGUAUGCCUUUUGUGGCGGCCUGAAUGCGCCUAUUAAGGUGAAGUGCCUCUGCUCGGAUGGUGUGACGCGUGCGCAGUUGAUCAAGGGCAAGGAUGAUCUGCGGCAGGAUGCGGUCAUGCAGCAGGUGUUUGGCAUUGUCAACGAGCUAUUGAGCAGCGAUUCACAGUUCAUUGAGCGCAAGCUGCACUUGCGCACCUACAAAGUGACCCCGCUAUCUGCCCGCAGCGGAAUCCUUGAGUGGUGCAGCAAUACGAUACCAGUGGCAACCUAUCUGGUUGGCGACGGCACUGGCGGUGCGCACAUGAAGUAUCGACCCAAAGAUUGGAACAAUCGCAAAUGUCGCGAGCUGACAGCGGCGGGCUUGAAGAAAUUGCCAGUGGAACGUCGAAAAAUCUAUCAAACUAUUUGUGAGCAUGUGAAGCCAGUUUUUCAUUAUUUCCUACUGGAGAAGUUUCCCAUACCGGGUGAAUGGUUCGAACGGCGUUUGGCCUAUACGAACAGCGUGGCCACCACCUCGAUGGUGGGCUACGUCCUGGGACUGGGCGAUCGCCAUACACAAAACAUUUUAAUUGAUGACCGAACGGCCGAAGUGGUGCACAUUGACUUCGGCAUUGCAUUUGAACAGGGCAAGAUUCAGACAACCCCCGAAACGGUACCUUUUCGUUUGACACGAGAUUUUGUCGCCCCGAUGGGCGUUUGUGGUACGAAUGGUGUUUUCACCAAGUCCUGUGAGGCGAUUAUGCAUAUUUUGAGGCGUUACAAAUCUGUAUUUACCACCAUAUUGGAGGUGUUGCUCUAUGAUCCGCUCUUCAUUUGGGGCGUCCUGUCCAAAGGACAACAUCAACGGCAAUCGAAUGAGGAAUCAAAGAACUUACUGGCACAACGUGCCCUUUUACUUGUCAAGUACAAACUGGAAGGUCGGGAGCCGGGCCUGUUGGAGAACUCGGAUGUGGAGACGCAAGUGCAGCGUUUGAUAAACGAGGCAACGUUGCCAAGUAAUUUAGCUAUGCUUUAUCAUGGCUGGGACCCAUAUCUGUGAUACUACAUUAACACUUACAUUUGG